GCUUGUUGCUACUUGGUUGCUAUAGCAACAGGCUGUCGCACUCUGUUGGACUGGAGUGGAUGUUUUCAUCGUGGCUGAAAUUAGCGAUUUUACGGAGGAUUUGUCUUUUUUUAAAAAGUGUUCGAAUAACAACGUGGAGACACAGAUGGAGACCUUCUCACAGAGUCGAGUCAGCGGGGGACUGUGGAACACCCCCAGAGCCCCCCAGUACAGCAAGGAGACCCAGGAUAUGCUGAAAUUAAUGAUGCAGGAAUCAAAGCUCACCAACCUUCAAAGAAAACAGAUCAACGAAUGCGUAAAAAAUGGAGCAGCUUUGCCACCGACUUCUGACCUCACACAGUCAGCUACUCCACCUCAGCCUAAAACCAGGACAUCUGUCCAGAAACGCCUGCCAAGCAAGCCUCAGAGGCGCAGCGCCGACUCUUGUCGUUCUGGGAACAGCUAUGUCAGAGAAAAAUUCCGCCCUGGUCCCAUACGAGACUUAGAAAAAGAGAAGAGGAGGCUUCAAAAUAUCCUGGCAACAGGACAAGAAGAGCCCACAGCUGCAUCUUCCCAGAAUGAUGCUGCAUGUCGUAACCCUAAAGUGACGCAGGAGAGAGACAAAUAUCAGGAAGUACUGGAUGAAAUAGAGGAAAGAAGACAGUUUCUGGCAGACAUGGCCUCUCUGGGAAAGGAAAAGCAGUACAUCAACAUCAUCAACACUGAGAUAUCACAGAAAAUCAGAGAGCUGGAGGUGCUGGAUAAAACCCGCAGUCCCCAGAAGGCUGCUAAGACAUCUGAGAGGAGGGUGGAAAACGCAGAGACAGGAGCAGAGAAGACUGACCGCUGCUGACCAGACAGGUUUUUGUCAGCUCCUUUGAACUCUUCACUUGAAAGUCAGGUUUAGGGAAUACACCUUUGAACCCAUUAAAGCAGCCUUCUGACUAAAAUUGAAACUUUGCACGGCAUGAGUCGGGUGUUAUACGAGUGUGAAAAUGAUGUUUUUGCAAAGAGGUUACAGCCGACGUGUUGCAAUGUGGUCGGAUUGUAUAAGCGGCUGAGGUGUGAUAGCAAAGCAGUGUUCUCAGGCAGUGAAAGCAUUAAAUGUACAAGAAACAUGAA